UCUUCCUUCCUCGCUCGUUGAGACGCUCAUCUUGGCUCGGUGGCUCUAGCUCUUCUUUGGUGGCCCAGACUCGGUGCUUCUGCAGUUGUCAUAUCUACACAUCGACGCAUUGUAUCAAAGUAACAUGCUCUCCUUCCGGAUUGUCUUCAUUGUCAGCUCUUCCACAGGCUGACGUGGAGCCUACGUGCCCCGGCGCCUGUCAAGUCUUCCAUCUCAUAGGAAAACACAGAUAAAAAGAGGUUCGUUGUCCCUCGUUUAUCUCAGGCACCCAAAAAUGCCCUUCCAGACGGACCGACUCACCCUGCGCGCCUACACCGGCGACGCAGACCUCGAUGAUCUCCUCCGCCUGUACGACGACCCGCUCGUCGGGCCUCUCAUCCACGUGGCUCCCAUAAGGCCGCUCGGCCUGACGUACAAAGAGACGCUGAAGAAGCUCAUGGACGUCCCCACGUUCGCGGCCGUUAUCACGCUCACCGAGACGGGCGAGUUCAUGGGCCAGGGCCUCCUUCACGUUGCGGAGGGCAAGAACCGCGACGCGGAGUUUAGCAUCGUUCUCCUCCCCAAGUUCUGGAAUAAGGGGUACGGCACCGAGGCUACGAAGUUCAUUAUCGACCACGCGUUUCGGUGGUAUGGGCUGCAUCGUGCGUCGUUGAACGUGUUUGGCAACAAUCCGCGGGCUAUUGCAGUGUAUGAAAGAAUAGGGUUCGUUAUGGAAGGACGGAAACGUGAGGCUGUGUGGAUGGACAACGGGUGGGUUGAUUCGCUUAGCAUGGGCGUGCUAAGGAAGGAAUGGGCUGCUUUGCACUGGGGCCCGAAUGCGGGCGACAUGAAUGAUGAGAGUCUCUGACGAACACGCUUUUUCU